GUACUUGUGUAAAUGUUUAUUUGCCUAUACAUUGGCUGCACAGAACAGGCUUUAAUUAUUAGCCAUUUAUUGCAGAGGAUUCUCCAAACUGGGAAAAGGAGAUGUAAAAUAAAAUGCUUCUGAGUUAAAUUAAAUCUUUGCAUUAAUAGUAUUCAUAGAAAGGCAGAUGGGGGCAGAAAAUGUUGCAAUGAAGAAUAUGGAAUGAGAUGAGAUCACAGCAUCAGUCUGUCCUUUGUAGAUCUGGACAAUGAUCACAGAGCCAGAUUGGAUUAGUGAAACCUAUUUACCAGAAGUUCAGAGCGGUUGCAUGAAGCUGAAAGGCAGUCAGUAGGGAGAGGUGGAAAAUGCACCAGAUUUACAGCUGCAGCGACGAAAAUUUAGAAGUUUUCACCACUGUGAUUUCAUCCAAAUGGCCCCUAUGCAAUCUCACAGGAAUUUUAGAAGCAUAUGUAACCUCAUCUUGUCCAUCUCCACUGCACCCUGACCGUGUUCCUGUCCUUCUUUUCACAGCAUGUAGUCCAGCCCGAAGACGAGCCAAAAAUACGCAGCACAUCCUGACAAAGAGUGUGGUAGCCAUAGCUGAUCAUCGGCCCCACCGGACAGAGAAGCUGCAGCCCCACCAGGAUGACCUACUCCAGGUGCUGUACAGGGAAGACGAGGUGCAGGGCUUGGGCUGCCUGCAGAGCCGGCAGCGGGGACCCUGCCCUGCCAAGGGUGCUGCCCAGCAUGUGGGAAUUACUGAACAAGAGUCAUCCAAGCCCUGUAAUCACCUGUUGGAUGGAAAAUCUUUGGUUCCACCAUCACCAGUUGCCCAUAUCACGGUGAAAGCGGUGACUGUCACAGACUCGCUGACAAGUGACAGCACUUCUAUGGAAAACCACAGGCAGCACUGGAGAAAGACAGCAGAGUAUGACCUGAACCUGCCACUGGGAGCAGAAGCUUCCCUACCGCUGACAGGAGGCAACCUGUGUGGGACGCCCAGCCUCCUGAGGAAGAUGUGGAUGAAGCACAAGAAGAAGUCAGAGUACCUGGGGGCGACAAACAGUGCCUUUGAAGCAGACUGAUAAGGCUCAGCAGCACUUGGAAAGACAGAAGGUCCUUUAGCCAAGACAAGGUGCUCUAGGAUCGAUGAGGGAACAAACACGGCACAGCUCAUUCAAGAAUACGAUAACCUUUUUAUUACUUGAUGCCAUUGCCUCAGAGCGGCAGGAGAAAGGCUAAGGUAAAAAUGGUGAACAUGAUGCAACUCACUGGCUUCUCUUUGUUGCAAUAUACUAAAAUCCCAAGUAUCCCACUAGAUUUACAUCUCGACUCAAUGAUGCUGAAACUACUGCUGGCCCAUUCACCAUUUCACACAUCCUGUCUGAAUCAGCUCAGACUUGCAACAAGAAAAGCCUGCCAGGAGGUUUGUGUAUUCCUGCAAGGCAACAGAUCGAUUACAGAGUGCCAUUAAAUCCCAGGGGUCUGCUCAUUGUCUGCCACUGCUUGUCCUCUUCCCCCUUUCAUAUCAUGAGAUAAAAGCCGCAUCUUAUGAUAUGCUUGGUGGAAUGACAUAAGCUAAACAUCUUUUUUCUUCAGUUUUGAUGUUCUAGGACAGGAGUAAAAGAUGCAAAAAAUUUAAAAGAAUGGCUAAGUUUGCCAACACACAUUUACCAAACUUUGCUACGUGACAAGUUGGUGUUUCACAGCGUCCCGCCGGAUGAGCAAUUGGAUAACCUCAAGAGAUACUUUUUUCCAUAGAAAGAGUUUGUACGUUAAGUGGUAGUCAGCAACUUACUCCCUACCCAUGUGGUACAGGAUAUUUCACUAACUACACAAAGUACUAGCAGGAAAGAAAAUACGUAGAUGGUGCAACUAGGUAACUAAUAAGGUAUUUGCAUAUAGAAUUAUGAAUAGAUGGAUUUAAUGGAAUUUGCUCAAAAAAAUUUCUCAAGAUUUUUUUUUUCAAUUUACAAAUUGCUGGUCAUGGCCCCUUGGGUUUUCCUUUCAAAAAAAAAGUUUUACAAAAAAGAUUUCACCAGCAUUACAGACAACAUUAUACUAGCCAUGAACAGUACUUGCCUCAUAUGAGUGCUCCCCUGGUUAUCAUAAAAGACUUUGGUUUUCCUAAAUACAGAACUUUAUAAAAUUGGAGGAAGCAUAUCUCCUGUUGCUCAUAGUAACGAGGAUUUUCUCUAAUCUAACUGCCAGUGCUCCAAAGCAUAAAUGAAAAAUAAAAUCUUACUCUAUGACAGAGGCAGAGGAAAGAAGCACCCACCUGAAACCUUCUUGCCUGCAGCCAGUGUAGUAACAUGCACUGAGAUGCCAUCAUACACAGUGCCACAGCACCAAGGCGGGGAGGCUCCAGAGCCGUGAAUCCACCAAAAGCCUGAAUGGUGCAUCCACAGCAUAAUGGCAGUUACAGCUCCUUCCCCUUCUAUUACAACCACCUGGGCAACUUCUGCACUUGGGGCAGCUGCUGACUUCAUCCACUGCUUGUGUUAAGAUCAUUUUCAACCCAGACUUAGAAAAAAGCAUAUUCUGAAUUUGUCAUACAGUGCAGGGCUGCGGGAGCCUUGGAUUACAGCCUGCAGAGCUGUGGGCUCAGGCAGUUAUCCCCAGUCAGGGAUCCCCAGCUCAGAAAUACCGGGGGUACCAGCUGGUCGGGAGGGAGAGGCUGCUGAAGCAGCCAGGUCCUCUGGCUUUGGGGCAAGCAGGUAAGAGCAGCACAGAGCAAAGCUUCGCAGCUUGACAACACGAGCAACUGAAGUCCAUGGGACGGGAAAAUAUCUGCAGCAGCCCGGUAGCUUUACAGAGCAAAUGUCCCCCAGUGGCUCCAAGGAGGGCAGCAGGGGACACCUGUGUGGCUGGAUGUGCUGGAGAAUGCAGUAGGAUGGAAGUUCUCAUUUUUAAAGGUACUGUGGCUUUUCUACUACAGCCGGAGUCUGCCAAGGGGAGAGGCAGUAGACCUUCAUAAGAUACUUCUGUCAGCCCUCACACUCAGCUGCCUGUCACUGCUUCAGUCACAGGCUUCUCCUUCAGAGGUGCUCAACAACUCACAGAGGACAGCCUCGCAGAAAGAAAUCACACAGACUCUCCCUCUUCCUUACCAAAGGCAAAAGUCCUUCUCUGGCCCAGCAGCCUGACAGGGGGAUGGUUUGCUUUCCUGCUUUUCUUUCUUCCUCCUGGGAAAGAAGGAGAGCACAGCUCCUUGUUAACCACAUGCUGAACGGCCCCGGCUACUGGCAAGGCCAGGAGAAGCGGCGAUGGUGGCCCGGCAUUGACUAUGUGUCGCCAGCCACAGCACGCAAGAGCAAUGCCAGUGCCCGCAGAAGGCUCCACACCUGAACAGCCCAGAGCAGUUUUCUCACAGCGGCCACCUCACCUUUCAAUUAGAGCCCGACACGUUGGCCCUGUGUAAUAGUCUGGACACUGUGACCCUGCCAGCAUCAGGUCCUCCAUGAUUGAACCAAGCUGGAGACAUGGCCAAGACUUCCCUGAAACACCUUUUACAAGUAUCACCAACCACACUACACCCCCUCGCCCAGCCCAUAGAAACCCUGCCAGAACCCUCAGCCUUGUAGGCACAUGCUAUUAUUAUGCAUGUAGGUAAAUCUAACAAACUCAGUGGGACUGCUCUCUUGCACAGCAAUGCGUACACUCAAGGAGUAGGGAGAAUAGUAAUUACCAGUUCCCUUUUUUGGUCUUAUUCCCUAAAUAAAGGAAAAAUAAAGAAAAUGAACAGACACCGGGAAAAGUCCAUUUGCUGAAUUUGGGGUAGUUAAGACCGUGAGCAUUUGUGGUACCUGCCCUUGUAGCUAACAUGACCCAUAGAGCACCCAACACAACAGUCCAGGGCAGCAAGUUUUGUCUGUUGAGAAAGCUGUAUCGUAGUAUUUGUUAAUUAAUAGCUUUAAGCAGUAUGAAGAUGGAGGUGAAGAGGAGAUGAUUAAUGUUUCUACCCAAUAACUACUGUAUCUUUAAAUGUGUAUCUAUGGUUUUCUUAUUUAUUUAAUUUAAAAUUUGGAUCUACAAAAGGAAGAGAGAUUUAUAAGAAGCGUAUUUAAUUUCUCUAUUCCAGGAACUGCUGUGGAGAUUUCUAGUAUUGUAGUAGACACUUAUUUUACUGAUUCAAAUAAAAUAUGUCCUAUUCAUAAAAAAAAAAAUAAUAAAAGAAACAAGUAGC